ACAUACGAUCCCGGCCAAACCCCAGACCCGCCUAUUUUUCUUAUUUUAUAUUCCCCCCACCCCGAAAUCUCAAUCAAUUUCUUCGCUGUGGUUUUCUUUUGAGUAAUUUCAUCGAACACUUUGCGAGCGCUAUUUCACAGACCCGAAAGCGAACCAAAACCUAAAUCAGAAGACAAUGUCUCUGCGCCCGGGCACACGCACCGAGGUGCGCAAGAAAUCGUACAAGACUGGAGUGGAUGCGGACCAGGCUCGGAGGAGAAGGGAGGACAACUUGGUGGAGAUCAGGAAGAACAAGCGCGAGGACAAUUUGCUCAAGAAGAGAAGGGAAGGCUUGCCUCCGUCCCAGCAGCAACUGCUUGAUGGCACCCAAACCGCCGUCGUUUUCGAGAAGAGGUUGGAAAGUAUUCCCUCAAUGGUGCAAGGAGUAUGGUCUGAUGAUCCUACUUUGCAAUUGGAGGCUACCACUCAGUUUAGGAAGCUAUUAUCAAUUGAACGCAGCCCUCCAAUUGACGAGGUUAUAAAAGCAGGUGCGGUCCCUCGGUUUGUGGAGUUUCUUGGGAGACAUGAUAUGCCCCAAUUGCAAUUUGAAGCUGCAUGGGCUUUGACUAAUGUUGCAUCUGGAACAUCAGAUCAUACACGAGUUGUUAUUGAACAUGGUGCGGUCCCCAUGUUUGUGCAGCUUCUUAGCUCUGGCAGUGAUGAUGUCAGAGAGCAGGCAGUGUGGGCUCUAGGAAAUGUUGCUGGCGACUCUCCUAGUUGCAGGGAUCUUGUUCUUGGACAAGGUGCACUAAUGCCAUUGCUAGCUCAAUUAAAUGAACAUUCCAAGUUAUCCAUGCUAAGGAAUGCUACAUGGACUUUAUCAAACUUUUGUCGUGGCAAGCCAGCAACACCAUUUGAUCAGGUGAAGCCUGCCUUACCAAUUCUUCGACAACUUAUUUACUUAAAUGAUGAAGAAGUCUUGACAGACGCUUGCUGGGCCCUAUCGUAUCUCUCAGAUGGUCCAAAUGACAAAAUUCAGGCUGUGAUUGAAGCGGGCGUCUGCCAGCGACUUAUGGAGCUUCUGAUUCAUCCAUCACCUACGGUUCUUAUACCUGCUCUUCGGACAGUGGGAAACAUUGUUACUGGUGAUGAUUCCCAGACUCAGUUUGUUAUUGAUAACCAAGUGCUCCCUCGCCUCCAUCAACUUCUCACACAAAAUCACAAAAAGAGCAUCAAGAAAGAAGCUUGUUGGACAAUUUCAAAUAUCACAGCCGGGAAUAAAAUUCAAAUACAGGCUGUGAUUGAAGCCGAUAUAAUCCUCCCGCUUGUGCAACUUCUCCAACAUGCAGAAUUUGACAUAAAAAAGGAGGCUGCGUGGGCCAUCUCAAAUGCCACUUCUGGAGGAUCUCAUGACCAGAUUCAACACCUGGCUUCCAGAGGUUGUAUUAAACCACUCUGUGAUCUUCUAAUCUGCCCAGAUCCAAGGAUUAUAACUGUGUGCCUUGAAGGUCUUGAGAACAUUCUGAAGGUGGGUGAGGCAGACAAAGAAAUGGGAAUGAAUGACGGGAUCAAUCUUUAUGCACAACUGGUCGAUGAAUGUGAAGGUUUGGAUAAGAUUGAGAAUCUGCAGACACAUGAUAACAAUGAAAUUUAUGAGAAGGCUGUGAAGAUCUUGGAGAGAUAUUGGGCCGAGGAAGAAGAAGGACAGAACAUUCAGGAGAAUGGGGAUGGAAAUCAGCAUGAUUUUACUUUUGGUGCAAACCAGCCCAACCCUCCCCCUGGUGGUUUCAAAUUUUGAUAGGAUUCUGUUUUUCUAGCAGUGUAGGUUUCUUUACCUCCUUUUGAUGAAUUUCCAAACCUCAUUUUGAUUUUCCCUCACUGCCAAGGGCCAGGGUUUUUGGGUUGGCACAUAGGCUUGUCUAUGGAAUUUGAUAGAUGUGCGCAAGCGGCUGUUUUCUAUUAUUACUUUGCAUUUCCAUACUUCUAAUAGGAAAAAAUUGUCACUCCUUGUGUUUACCUGGAAUUGGAGCAAAAAUAAUGGCUUCUGUUC